CAAAAGAAACGCCGUCCACGGGUCAAUCACACACGCACCGCUACAAGAGUAGUACCGCCUGCUCCUCUCGCCUGGCACGCUUGCCUACGCCUGCUGGUGUUGCAAGAUGAAAGCCAGAGAUGGCCUCCUGGGGUACCUCAUCCUUUCGCCGCACGUGCUGGUGGUGGCCUUGCAUGCAUCAUCGUUCUCGCCCAAGAUCCGGCAUGGGAGGAGUGCUCCCUCUGCUGCUGCAAUUCUCGGGUCGCAGCAGCAGCAGCAGCAUGCUUCUCGGUGCGGACACGUACAGGCAACUGUCCAGGAGAGCCCGGGGGAGGAAGCGGUAGCCUACGGCACGGACGCGGCGCCCAACGAUGAAGCACAAUGGCCAUACGAUUGGCGCAAACACUGGUAUGCCGUGGGCUACGACAGAGACAUCGUCGAGGGCCCAAAGCCUUUCGCUGUGUCGAUCUUCGACGAGCCCCUGAUGCUGUACCGUGACACCAGCGGCGCGCUGCAGUGCGUGAGCGACUUCUGCCCUCACCGCGCGGCCAAGCUUUCCGAAGGGCAGAUUACGGAGGAGGGCAACAUUGAGUGUCUUUACCAUGGCUGGCAGUUCGAAGGCUCCAAGGGCACUUGCGUCAAAGUCCCGCAGCUUCCGGAAGGGGCAACCCCGCCCCGGGCGGCCACCCUCCGCGUGUACCCGCUGGCGGUGAACGAGGGAGUUGUUUACGUCUGGAUGGGAGAGAACCCUUGGGGAGAAGGGGCGAAGGACAUUCUUCCCAUUCCGUCCACCCCGGACCACUUGGACGAGAACAAGGUGGCAUGA